ACUCUUCUGCAUCUGGCUGAAAGCUAUGGCCUGGGCGCAAUGAUUGCUAACAUCGCGAUCUGCAACAGUGAUCCUAAAAUGGUGCUGCAUAAAUUGAUGACCGCACUGUUUAAAAGCCGUCUUCUUCUUAUCUUCUCCUUUGACAGAUCGAACCACUCGAACGCUUUCUCUCUUCUUUUCUCACUCUGUUUUUCUCCCUCUCGAUCGCACGUUCGCAAUGCGUCUGACCCCGGAUCCCGCAGGUCCCGGUUCUGCAUUCCUUCCCUUUCCGACCACCGUAAAGGUGCCUUCCAGAAGGUGAGAUCCCGCCCGCAGAACCCCUCGGGCAAACCAAGAAAACCGCACCAGUGAAGAAGACAGCGUUGCGCCCAUUGAGAAUAAAUACUCAACCAGCAGACGUCAUUCUUGUCAGUUUUACAACGAACGCGCCUCAGGACCGAGUUGCAGGUCGCUCGACGCACCCGUCAACUUUAUCCUCGUUCGAUUCCAACCGAUCGUGAUCAAUCUCAUCAUAUCACCAUUUCAAUUCCACAUCACUGUCACUUGGUGUUUGAAAAUAAGUGCAUUUUUGUUGUUGUUCAUUAGCGUUUGUGUGCGUGUUUAAGUGUGUGUCGUAUGUAUGUGUUUGAACCGCCCGAAGUAGACAAGACGAAUUGGAGCAGUGACAACAAAAUGCAAUGCAUCUUCCCGCCACCAUCCUCGCCUAUUUACGUUAGUGCACUGAUCGCAUGAAGUUACGGUUACACCAUUCUCUUUGCGAUCCGCGGACAACACAGGCAACAUUAACUCACUCACCAACCAACCAAGCAAGAUGAGGAAUUAAUUUGAAGGUUUUUUUUACUGCUUUUUAAAAAAAUCUUCUACGUCCCUCGUAUCUGCUCAACGAAAACGACGUUACUUCAAGUGCAAUACACGAUCAUCUCCUGCGACAGCAGAGGAUUCGCCAUUGCAAUUAAACGGUACGGGGUUUUUAUGAUUUACACGGACCAAACUGCAGUACGCGCGUACGCCUAAUUGGAACGGAAUAACACCUUUCAAGAACGAAAAAAGUUUCGUAUACGAACGAGAGGGUCGUCUCUGGUGUGUGUCCGCUUUUGGUGGGCUUUAGUCGGAUUUGUUGUUUUGUUGUUGUUGCGUACCCAUCGUACGCCGUUUGCACACCUUUUCCGGGUGCAAAACCGACCCACGGGCAGUGUGUUUCGGUAGUGCAGAAAAAUCUCGAUGGCAGAAGGCAAUAAAAUAAAUUAAUAAUAAUAAACAACCGCUUGCAAACUGCGAAGAAACAAGCUCUUUCUACCUGACGGAGCGCUCCUGCAGAAGACGCUGUACUAAUCCCUACUGCAUUAUCCAUUGUAUACGAUGAAGGUGCCAAAACAAGUCAUAGAUAACUUGAGUCUUUAAACUAUCCUAAUCAGAAACGUUUGUUUCAUAAUCGUGUUUUGUGAGAGAAUACAUGUAGAACUGAAUAAGAUAGAUAGCUAAGUUGAUAAGGUGAAUAAGGCUGACAGUAAGGCUAGUCCCAAUAAGGUGACAGCUAAUGAUAGAUCAAAGAGGAUAGAUAAACUGAUUCGGGUGAGGAAAGCAAAACGACAGGAAGCUGCGCGAAGAAAUACGAAAUACCAAUUUUGUGGCUGUGUUAAUUAAACGACAAGAAAAAAACAAUGACUGAAUCGAAAACUGGACAACAGCAGGCACUGAUACUGUUGAUUAUACUCGCCUGCACACUGCUGCCAUCGGUAGUACAGUCGCGCCAGGAAUACUAUUACACCUAUCAAGACCCGUACGAUGAUGAUCUGUCGCUCUGGAUCAACGAGCAACAGGUAAAGAUCUUUAGUGGCGUCGCGAUGAAGAUCUAUGCGAUCGACAAUGGGCGAGUUUCGCCCCAUAUCCGGGAUCCAAACUUUAGUCAGUAUCUGCCAGUCAUACCGUCCGAGGUGAGCAGCGUCAACUUUACCUGGAAGGCGGGCUCAAAAAAGUACUACUACAACUUCGACCGGUUGAUGUCGGUGGACGAAAACAUCCUAAAGCCACCGACGAUCUCGAUCAAAACGUCCGGACGCGUACCGAAGAACGCCAAGGAGUUCAGUGUGAUCCUGCCAUGCUCCGGUAAUGUAUCGGGCAUUGCAAUGUUCAGCAUUGGACUCCUGAUCCAAACGCGGAAAGGCAAACCGGUCCCCGGGACGCCUCUCCGCAUCAAACUGCGUAAGGAAUGUGCACAUAGAGGUGUGUAUGAAAGAUCUUCUACUCUAACAUCUUCUCCGCAAGGACCCGACCCGGAAUGUGACAAGAAGUGUGCCAACAAGGGUGUCUGCAAUGAGGACAAGAUCUGCCAAUGUCCGGAAGGUUACAUGGGACAGUACUGUCAGACGGCGCUCUGUUAUCCGCAGUGCAUGAACGGUGGGAAUUGUACCGCGCCGGGCACCUGUUCCUGUCCGCCCGGUUACCAGGGCCGUCAUUGUGAGGGAGGGAUAUGUGCAGAUAAGUGCCUGAACGGGGGCAAGUGCAUCCAGAAGGACAAGUGCGAAUGUACCAAGGGUUACUAUGGGCUACGCUGCGAGUACUCGAAAUGUGUCAUACCGUGUCUGCACGACGGUAAAUGCCGAGGGGUGAACAAGUGUCGCUGCAAGCCGGGACUGAGCGGAGAUCACUGUCAGAUCGGACGUCGGCAGCGUUCAACCUGCAAGAGACCGUGCAAACAUGGACUCUGUCAACCGAACCAUACCUGCGCAUGCGACAGUGGAUGGUAUGGGCGGCUGUGCAAUCAGCGUGAGAAGAAACGCCGCAACACCAACGGAGACGGUGGUGGUUCAGCGAAACUUCCAAAGAAAUAAGAGCCAUCGCCGGUUUGUCUGAAUGGUCCACCGAGACCGUGCGCGAUUAAUGCUGGACGCCGAACAGCGAUAGUGUGAGUUCGAAUCUCAACGGGCGAGAGACUCAGGAGAUUUGGUGUCCUGCGCAUCAUCUUCUUUUACUCUGCCCUUUAUCAUUUGUGUACGUUGAAUGCAAGUAUAUCGUUUGGAGGUGUAUUCAACAACAAAAUGUUUUUUUAUGAUAUAUGAUUCAAGUCAAUUCAGCAUUAGCAUGUAGUAAGCUCCGUAAGUCUGUGUAUGCUGUUGCGCACAAUUACGCAGGGAAAAAAGCCAUGAGCCAACAAGCGACAGUAGUUGUUCUUCUUUCGCUUGUCCGCCAUUAUCUUGCCAACCGUGCGAUACAUUUAGGGUGAGAGAUACGAGAUGUAAUGAAUACGAAACAAAAAAGGGUGAUAUAAUAAAGUAAUGUCUUAUCAUGUUUUGUAUGUGUGCCGAGAAUCGAAUUUCUCGGUGUAUUUUUUAACGUCCUUUA